AUGAGCAACAGCCCACUCCUCUACGCCGCCCACCACGAGACGAUGGAGCCGGAAGAACGACAGCGGCUUAUUGCGAAGUUGGAAAGCCACCGGAGCAAUCCGGGAUUCGCCGCCGCGCUGGCAAAGGCAGGGGUACCGGCGCCGAAGAUAACGACCACCCGCCCACCCGAUAACGAAGAGGAGGACCAUAAUAUGGACACCGAUGCCGAUGGCCCGCUGCGCCCACGCGCUGGGCUAUUGGUCGAUUCCGCCUCGGAUCGUCCCGGUCCCCAGCCCUCCAAGGCCAAGGGGAAGAGGAGGGCGCGCGACGUCCAGGCGGCCCCAUCGACGGAUACGACAGCAGACCCCUCGCGCGAGUCCAUGAGACAGCCGUCAUCCAGAGCAGGCGUCGAUGCCUCGGGUAGCAUGGAGGUGUCGGAAGACACUACGCCUCGGGCUCCCGCCCAGACGCGGCCCAAGCCCCGGCCCCGCAAGGCCGCCGCUCCUCCGGCACCCAUCGUUCCGUCCGUCGAGGCUGCAACGACCCCGGGCCCAGCGACGUCCUCCGAACUGCAAGGGGUAGGAUCGGCGCUUACGAGGAGCGUGGAAGACAUGGCGCGUCGGCUCAGCGCUCUGGAAGCCGUCCCCGGUCAGAUCGCGGGCCAGCAGCAAAUGCUGUCGGCGAUCCUCAAGUCGCACGAGGACCACGAAGCCGAUCGCAAAGAUCUCUCCGCCGCCGUCGAGCGCAUGACGACCGAGAUGGUGAAGAUGAACGAGCUCUACAACGUCCUGGUCCACAUGUGCACUCAGCAGGCGGAGAAGACCCAGGCCCUCUUCGAUCAGGUCGCCGCGCUCAGCGAGUACGUCAUGCUGAUCGGGAGGAGGGUAAAUCAGCCGCGCUGA